AUGGAGGACGUGUACAAACGUCUUUUACGCGGAAGUAUCGACAACGUGCCACAACAAGAGUCGAACAUCGUCAGAAUUUUCAUUAGUUCCACGUUCACAGAUAUGGUGGAAGAAAGAAACACACUGAUGAGAGAUUCGUUUCCAGAUCUGAGACUCUACUGUCAACAACAUGGCUUGGAAUUUGAAGUGGUCGAUAUGAGGUGGGGUAUACGCGAUGAAGCCAGCUCUGAUCACAUGACAACGGAACUUUGCAUCCGGGAGAUUCACAACUGUCACCGACUUUCCAGUGGCCCCUAUUUUGUAGCUUUUAUUGGCAACAAAUACGGUUACCGGCCAUUGCCACCCCGAAUAAAGGCCGACAAGUUCGAGAAAAUGCGCGAAAUCUCUAGAUCUCGUGUAUCUCUACAAGACAUUCAGAUCAUCGAUGAUUGGUACUUGAAAGACACCAAUGCCGUACCGGCAGAGUACGUGCUGCAGCCAAUUACGACGAGGCUAGUGCAUUUUAAUGACAAUGACGAGCGCGCUUCGGACUUGCGCAAAGAAGACCGCGAUAAGUGGUGGAAGAUCACGCAAUCAUUGCUUACUGACAAAGAAGUCCAUCAGGCAAUAGUUGCGAAUCCUGAUUCUGUCCAACGUUGUCUUUGUUUUUUGCGAGAAUUUGACGAGAGCCAUGACAAUAUCACCAAGUACGAAAAAGCCAAUGACUACCUCGAUAUGACAGAUGACAGACUAAUUGAUAAAGAGGCUCAAGACAUGUUAAAUACCCUGAAACGAGACAAGAUCUCUACUAAGAUGUCUGAUGGGAUCCUGAAAAAAUGGCGAAUCCCCUGGAGCGCAAAGGGCGUGGACCCGUCAAACCCACAGCAUAAGGAAUACCUGCAAACGCUUUCGGAAGAGUUUACUACGGCUUUAAAGAAACUGAUUGACCAAAAGAUCGCUAAAGAUACCAAUAAGGUUAAAAACGCACUUAACAAAGAGGUUCUUCACCACGCAAAAUUCUGUCAAGAAAAAUGCAGUGCGUUCCGAGGUAGGCGGGAUAUGUUAACAUCGAUACGAAACUAUAUAAUUGAGAAUAAACAAGGUAAACCAUUAUGUAUACAUGGUGUGUCAGGUUCCGGGAAGACAUCCGUAAUGGCAAUGGCAGUGAAAAACGCAUUAAAAUGGUCAGGAGAAUCCAGCAUAUGUGUAUUUCGUUUCCUUGGAACAUCACCACAAAGUUCAACUAUUCACCAAACUUUACAAAGUGUCUGCAGCCAGAUUUGUAUAAACUACGAGAAACCAAGCCCAGCGCCACACAUACUUGAAGAUUACACAGAUUUGGUGCAGUAUUUCAAACGAGCGUUAACAACAUUCCCGACAAAACAAUCACCUCUGAUUCUUAUUCUUGACAGCAUAGAUCAACUGUCAGCAACAAAUGACGCACAUGCUCUGAAUUGGCUUCCAAAGUCCCUCCCAGAUCAUGUGCGUAUAGUUGUUUCUAUGCUCCCAGAAGAACAUGGUUGCUUGAAAACACUUAAAAGAAGUGUCUCUGAGAGCAACUGUUAUUUGGAGAUGGAGCCAUUGACUGGAGAGAUGGGGCGGGAAAUUCUCGAUGCUUGGUUGGAAAGUAGACAGAGAACAAUAACUGAAACACAGCGUGAAGCAAUUCUCACAGCACUUAUGGGAUGCCCACAGCCAUUGUUUUUAAAGAUUGUCUUUGACAACCUAGUGCACUGGAAGUCGUACACACCUCCUGAAAAUAUCACAGUUGCAAGAGAUGUAAGAGAAGCUAUCGAGUUCUUGUUUGAAGCCCUAGAAAAAAAGCAUGGUAAAGUGUUUGUUUCUCAUGCCUUGGGGUACAUUUCAGCUGCAAGUGAUGGACUCACAGAAGCAGAACUUGAAGAUGUCCUGUCGCUUGAUGAUGAAGUUUUGGAUGACGUCUACCAGUAUUGGGAUCCACCAACUGAAACUAUUGUCCGAGUUCCUCCACUACUAUGGAAACGAGCACGAUAUGAUAUUGAUGAAUACUUGGUGGAGAGACAGGCAGGUGGAAAAACUGUUCUUGCUUGGUACCACAGACAGUUUAUUGAAGCAACACAAAAACGGUAUCUUAAUAAAAAUACAAAGGCCACCAGACAUUACCUUCUCGCUGAGUAUUUUCUUGGAUCAUUCGCUGGUGAAAUACAUAAGCCAAUUACACUCACAAAGAGAAAUAAGACUCUUAAACUUGUAAAUCGUCAAGUUGCUAGUCAGCCACUUGAGUAUGGCAGAGACGUGUACAACCACAGGAAGCUAUCUGAGCUUCCAUUUCAUCUCUUGCACUCUGGACAAAUAGACAGGCUGAAGCAAGCAGUGUUGUGUAACUUCCAAUGGAUUCUUUCAAAACUUCAAGCAACAUCAUUUUUGGAAAUGAUUGGAGAUUAUGAUGAAGCUUUGUUGAUUGUUCAAGAUAAAUCUAUCCAGCUUGUACGUGAUGGUCUGAUGCUCGCCAGCAGUAAUCUUAAAAUAGACCCAUUAUCCACAGCAGGUCAGAUUAUAGGAAGACUUGAAGGAAUUCCAGGAGCUGAUGAUAAACAUCUUGUGAAUCUGGUACAGCAAGCAUUUAAAUGGUGUGAAGAUGCGAAGAUCCCACUUCUAAUACCCAACUCAUCAUGUCUGAUCCCCCCUGGGGGCCCACUAAAAAUGACUCUUGCAGGUCAUCCCAAGAAGGUGACGAGUGUUGCAAUCACAUCAGAUGACCACUUAGCUGUUUCUGCCUGUGAGGUGUCUGGUACGGAAUGUCUUGUUAAUAUCUGGAACGUAGAUAAUGGAGAACUAAUCCAUUCUCUUAAAUCACCUACUGGAGGGGAGCCACAUGUUGUAUUCACCAGUGACCACAAUCAAGUAAUAUUCGGCACAAAGUCACUCAGUGUGUAUUCGCUUGAAAGUGGGGAGUGUAUCAAAACUAUAGGCAGUUCUGAUGAAGAUACCAUUGUUAGCAUGGUAGCCUCAGGAGAUGGUCGUUAUCUUUGCAUUGUGAAUAAAAAAGGAGAGCUGAAAAUAUGGGAGAUAAACUCAAGUAAAUGUAUCAUUACAGUCGACACCAAACACGAGGGAGCUAUCAUAUGCUUUUGUCUAUCUGUUGAUGAUAAAUUUGCUUUGACUGGUGGGAAGGAUUCCAUCUUAAAAGUAUGGGACACAGGAAAUGGAAAUUGUCUUGCAAACUUGACAGGUCAUACUGCUGCAGUCACAUGUUUGGUGAUCCAUCCUGAUGGCAAGCAAAUCAUCUCUGGUAGUGAUGAUUCAAAUCUGAAGAUAUGGAAUGUGAAUAAAGAACCUGGUGAAAACUUAGUUGCUACAAUCAAAGCUCAUUCUAAGCCAAUAACUUUAAUCAAAUUAAGUGCAAGUGGAGAGAUUUUAAUUUCCGGUUCCAAGGAUGAAACACUGAAAUCUUGGAGCAUUGUCAAUCAGACUUGUCUUCAAGUUUUCAACGGCCAUCAGAGCAGUAUAUCAUGUCUAUGCAUAUCAGCAGGCGAUAAAUACAUGGUAUCUGGAUCAAAGGAUGAUCUUCUGAAAAUUUGGGAACUGGAAUCCGGGAAAUGUCUAAACACACUGGAGGGACAUUCCUCAUGGAUUUCAUGUGUUGCAUUGGCACAUAAUGGUACUGCUAUAAUCUCUGGAUCCAAUGACAAGAUGGUCAAGAUAUGGAAGUUUACAGAUGAUGCACAUGUACUUCAUAGAGAACGCCACGAGACUCAGCCACAGGCGGUAGCUAUAACAAGUGAUGGCAGUCUUGCAGCUUCAGCAGCACCUGGAGACAACAGCAGAAUCUGGAAUCACAAGACGGGGGAAUGUCUCUACAGAUUACCAGGUGACGCAGGAUUUAUGGUGAUGACGCCUGAUAACCAGUAUGUAGUCACUGAUUCAAAUGCCAAGGAUGUUAAAGUGUGGGAAGUGAAAGAUGGAAAAGAGAUUUACACUCUUAAAGGGCAUACACAGGGAAUAGUUUGUCUCACAGUAACUAAUGACAGCAGGUAUGCAAUAUCUGCUUGCAAAGACGGUAGCAUUCGGAAGUGGAAUCUCCAAACUGGUGAAAGUUACCCAGAGUGGACUGGUCACAACAAACCAGUGAAGUGUUUGAAAGUUUCGACAAACAAUUCUAGACUGGCUUCCGGGUCUGACGAUGGUGAUGUCCGCUUAUGGAAUAUCACAACCGGUGACUGUUUACUUGUCCUGAACGAAAACAAGUCUGUAGUUGAAUGUAUCGCCAUCACCCCUAAGUACCUAUUAGUAGGAUACAGAGCUCAGCAGAUUAGAAUCUGGAGUAUUGAGACAGGCAAGAUGACUGAUAUUGUGGAAGAUUUUGGGGACUCUGUGAAGUGCUUAGCUAUUACUUCUGAUGGUUCACUCAUGGUUGCUGGGUCACACGAGUCUAGUCGGCAGCUUAAACUGUGGUCAUUAGAUAAGGGAAGGAGCAAACAUAUUUUUGAUUACAUUGGUCACCACCAUGCUGUCAUGACUAUACAAAUCACAGACAACAACCAAUUUGUCAUCUCCGGGUCACGUGACUGUACAAUAAAGGUCUGGAAUCUGCUAUCCGGGGAACUUUUAACAUCGUUUGAUUUCCAGUCACAAGUGAAGCACUUGUCUGUGUCCAAGACAAGAGAUGAUAAACCUGGUUCCUAUAAAGUAGUAGCUGCUAAUAAGUCUGGAAUGAUUGGUUUAUUUGAUUUGGUCAGAUUACGUGACAAUAAUUGUCAUGGUUUGAAGCGUCAACACAAAACAGCACAAGGAUCAGUAGUGUGCAAUGCUCUUUAAAUACAGAAUGAGAAUGGUCUUAUAAAAUGAAGAAAUAUCAUCAGGAUCUCCAAUCCUAUUUGUCUUAAUUGAGCUUGAUUCAG